AUGAAUCGUUCCGACUCGAUUAGGCGCGAUCGCUCCUUCGACAGCGUUCUUAACAAGUUGAUGCGUAUGCGUUCGCAGAAUCAUGAAACCUUCAAAGCAGCCAUGUACAAUUUUUUAAUAGCUGCCGGCAUUGCAGCAUUUAUUGCCGUCUGCUUUAUACUAGGUCCUUUCGUGCGUCCUUUACUCUGGGCAUUCCUGAUGGGAGCAGUGCUCUUUCCUUUCAAGAGACGUUUAGCGCAAUUGCUGAAUGGUUGGUUUGAGCGCUUGGAGCAACGUGACUCUAAUGUGUUGGUAUCAAUAUGUUUGGCACCGCUUGAAGCUACCGAACAUUGUGGUAGUUUAGUGGUGAGUUGGCUGCACGAACACUGGCAAUUGCUGACAGCAGGCGUGGGCGUAGCUACUUGUAUCAAAUUGUUGGUGCUAUAUGCACCCAAAGGGUUCCUGUGUGCCGUUUGGCGUUUUGUAGUUUUCUCGCAUAGUACUUUCGUGCAGUUAAUAGGUUUUCUUAAUAUCUACCUGUUAAUUGCAAUAAUUGUUGUAUACUUGACGUCGGUAUAUUUCUUGUGGAAACCAGAAAAUAGCACCAAGUUCGUCAUGGCUGGCCAGUCGCUUUGGGUGGCUAUAGUUAGUUAUGGUUGCAGCUUUUUAGGCGCACUACAAGUACCUGCCUUUAUUUUGAUAAUGUUGUAUGUAGGUGUAUCAAUUAUAUACCAUAUGCGCACUGCGGAAGGAUCUAGCAGUUGUAUAGAAAAAUUAAAAAAGUUGCUAGACAAAACUGACUUUGAAAAGUCAGUAAGCAACAUCAGUGUGAAGAAGCAAAGUUUGCAUUCCGACGUCGAAGAUGUCUCCUUGAGCGAAACUUUGGAUUCGCUGGACAAUACUGAGUUGUUAGAUGAAAAUGAGGUGCCACACCUAAGUGGCAUCUACUUCAAAUGCUUAUUCUACGCAUGCGUAGCAACAUUUUUGUAUCGCAAUGUUUGGAUGUUCAUAUUGGCCGCCAUACCCAUAUCGCUGCAUUUGUUAUACACAUUGGGCAAUGUGACUGGCUUUACGGCGUUCAUAUCAAAUAAAAUCAAUGAAGCCUAUGAAAACUUAAAGAGUUGGGCUAUUGAACAUCAUUCUGCCGUACUGCCGCUCUGUUUGCCCGGUGUGCUUGAAUUGAAUUACAAAAUAAACGCCAUAAUACGCGAUUCAUUAAAGUCCUCUGUUGACUUGGUCACUUCUAUACUGAUGAUAAUACUCAUGUUGUUAAUUAUCGUCUUUCUUGGCGUAUUUUUCUGUGUCAAUAUCUAUUCGGAAACCAUUGAAGUUGCUUACUUGGGCAAAGAUCUGAUAAACAAAACAAUUACUGAUCGUCCGGAAUUGAUCGAUAUAUUACCUGAGAAUAUACAGUCAUCCAUCGAUGAUGCCUUGGAUAAUGCGCAUCAUUAUGGGCGUCGGAAAAUCGAAACGUACAUCGAUGAUUGGCUAGCCGAAGCCGAUUCCGUACAUGCCACUAAGCUAAAGGAACAAAUUUUAGAUGUCUGGGAUCGUUUAAUACAGUACUGGAUUGAUGUUAAUAAAUCUGACUCGGCUUAUGGACCACGUGUGCCAACAGAUGCCCUCAAAACGACUUUCGGUGAAAUUGUUGAUAAUCCUGGACAUUUUAAAGAGCUAGUUUUAGUGGCAAAACAGGGCAUUAUCGGCUGGGCGAAGAGCAACACACAAACCAUACUGGAAGUGGCUGAAUCUCUGUGGCACAUCAUACGCACGAAUCUCUCGAUGAUCAUGAGCUUUACGGGUGAUAUUUUAUCUUUGCUACUGUCUGGCGGUCAAGCGUGUGUGGAGUUCAUACUCGAUAUGAUUGUCUUCUUUACCGCGCUAUUCUAUUUGCUUUCGAGCAGUAAUACGAAAUAUGCGCCACUACAGGUUACCAAAUAUUUGGGCUUCUCAACGUCCGGCUCUAAAAUCGCCGAUGCUUUGGAGAAUUCCAUUUCAGGCGUACUAAUCUCCAUGUUUAAGUGUUCCAUAUUCACCGGUCUCUUCACAUGGCUGGUGCAUACAGUGUUUGGCGCGCGUAUUGUCUUCCUGCCAUCGGCGCUGGCGGCCAUUUUGUCGGCAGCACCAUUUUUGGGCAGCUAUUGGUGUUCGCUGCCGGCUUUGUUAGAGUUGUGGUUGGCGCAAGAUCGCUUCUAUGCCGGACUUGUGCUCUUUCUACUGCAAUUCUUCGUGCCACCGUAUUUCGAGGCCGCCAUCUAUGCGGAGAUGAAGGGCGGUGGACACCCAUAUUUGACUGGUUUGGCUAUUGCCGGCGGCAUGUAUUGGAUUGGCUGGCAGGGUGCGAUCUUCGGCCCGUUAAUGCUUUGCUUCUUCAUAGGCAUAUUUGAAGUGGCUGCCGUAGCCAUGCGUGCCAACGAAGAUGCAAGGCGCAGCUCCGAUGAGGACACCCGCGCGACCGAACGCAGACAUUCCUUUUAUGACUAUUAACACUAAAUAAACUAAAAAGAAUUUUAAUUGCAAGAAAAAAUUUUCCGAAUUUUCCAAUGAAUGUAUUAAUGUUAAACAAUUGGCAUAACUACCUCGAAUAGUUUGAUAAAGACAUUAUCAACUGAUGCUGUAACUAAUGUACUAAACUCCUAUAUGCUAUAUACAUAUAUUUAUGUAAGCUUACAAGUUGUACGCAAUCACAGAAAAUUUUGAAAUAUAAAACUACUUAAAUAAUGAUAAACGAACUUAACAAUGAAGAUAUUAAAUAAUCUAAAUUCUGUGUACAUUUGUGGCAUGUCAUGUUAUUGUUUUUCUUAAAUAAUAUUAUAUAAUUAUUUAAAAUUGCUAAACGAAUUUUUAUCCGCCCACUAUCAAAAACAAAUUAUAUGUAAUUAGAGUUUUUUGUAUUGCAUUUUUUUACAAAAUGAAAAGUUGUUUAUAAUAGUUUUAGCUUAAGAUUUAAUUUUGUACGAUGUAAAAAAUGAGAUUAAAGAUAAUAUACAAUACGGAAAUCUCGAGUUUGUU